AUGUGCAAAUAUCACAACUGCCACAUCUCCUUUAAUUGCCUAACAGCUUCAGUCAAUUUAAAAAAUUUUUUGCCUAUAAAAUCCCAGGAAACCUUGGUAAAUGUUAUGUAGUAGAAGAAUGCAGCCAACUAUUAGUUGGAGCUGUAUACAAUAAUCAUUAUAAUAAAGCUGUGGUUGGCUAUUGUGUUAGGAAGAUAAUUAAACUAUUAAAAAUUUCAAAUAGAUUACUGAUUUUGAAGUUUGCAGGAUAUAGAGAAAAAGAUAUCAAUCAAAAUCGAAUGGUGUUAUGAAUUCUUGCAUCACUCAAUCAUGUAAUUCAUACACUAGAUAAUCUAAUUGA